CCGUCACCUAGCAGUCCUGCAUAUUACCUUACCUAGGUAGGCAAGCGUGGAGAGCCAUAGCGUGUGUUCAGUACUCGGGGCACCCGCCGCCAAAGCCGCCGGGCUCAGCCGCUUCGCGAGAUAUAGAGGGACCAAGGGGCCGUGACGUCGCCUUCGGCUUCCUGCGACACCUCCCACUGAGACGAGACACUCGAGCCCGCCGCCGUCCGACGACGUCAAUCCGCUCCCUCCCAGACCUCUCUGACCUAGCCGGUCGGGUACCCAGUCACUCGUUUCCUCGGAUUGUUGCACAGUGAUGUUGCACCAACCUCGACGCCAGACACUCCCCACCGCGAUAUGAUGGCUUCUGCUAUCCCGCUCCCGCUCUCCCCAGGUCGUAGGGUCUCCGCCGUGCUCUCUCCCUCUCAGUCGGUUUCCCGCCAACCUCGGACGUCAUGGGCCGCUGUGCUCGCUAUCCUAGCCUGCCUCGUCUGCCACGCCCUGGCCCUCACGGCUGACGCUGCUGAACCUCUCGAGACUUUGGUUAUCGACACGAGGGUGCCGUACCGCAUUGGCCAAAGCUGGAAUAUGCUGAGCCCUGAGGAGGUCGAGCUGCACCGCCUCGGAAAGCGCGCCACUACCAGCACCACGCCUCAGGUAUUCACCACCACGUUUGAGAUUGCCGUGUCGACCGUGACACCAGACGUCACAAACACUGCCCCGUUGAGCGCGCUUCCCAGUCCGCUCGACGGCGCCUUGUCAGCAAACUUCACGCCCAACGCCGACAACACCCCAAGCACGUGCGCAAUGUUCAUCAACUCGUUUCUAACGGAUCCGACAUUCAAGCAGUGCUACCCGCUGUCACUGUUACUCCAAGGGUCCAAGUCGUUCUUCGACGCGGAAAAGUCGCUCGUAGGUAUCACACAGACUCUAGAUGCGACAUGCCGGCCCAAUGCCACGUUUUGCAACACGUACCUUUCGAGUCUUGCCCAGAACCUCACAUCCACCCAGCACUGUGGCAACGACUACAAUCUAGGAAACUCGGUGGUCAUACAGGCCCACCUAGCCAUGAUAGCCUACGCACCGCUGUACAGCGCUGGCUGUCUCAAGGAUCCGCAGACGUCUGCUUACUGUUUUGCGACUGCUGUCCGAAAUACCACCAACUUUACAAAUACGUAUUUCUACUUUCUACCUCUCAACAUGUCUCUCCCGGGCUCCACCCUCCCAACCUGCGGUGUCUGUACCCAGCAGACCAUGGAAGUCUACCACGUUGCCACGGCCAACCGACAGCAGCCUGUGGUUAACAAUUACGUCGCGGCUGCUAAGCAAGUCAAUACAAUAUGUGGGCCGGGUUUCGUCAAUGAGACACUCGCCGACCAGCUUGUCGCUGCCAGCACUUCCUUCGCCCCAGCCCGGCCAGCUGCCUCAUCCGCUUGGUUGUACAUGACAGUACCCCUUCUGGCCAUGCUACAGUGGCUUCUCUAAGCACAGCCAAACUAAAUAUCCGUUUCCUGUUUGUACAUGUCGGCAAAAUCUAUCCGUCGCCACUUUGUUUUUUUUAUUGAAUUAAUUUUCGACAGCGUUCAGGACCUUCGAAGCCCCGCCGGGGCGAGGAGUCCUACGCACAUUGGGAUAUUUUCAUGGUUUCACUCAACAAUCGAUACCCCUUCUCGCCUCGAAACAGGCAACACCUAUUUUAUUUUAGGUUCCCCCCGCCCUGGCUAAUAUUGCCAGCGGCGGGCUUCGGUCUUUUCUUGGCCACAAUUGUUCAUACAAUUUGCCCUUGAUUUUACUUACCUACCUUUAAUAUGGG